AUGGCGGUGCUGGAGCUGUUGUUGGAGACGAAAACGAGACCGACGGUCGUGAGUGUGUCACAUCCCCGUUGGUACUAUAACCGUGUGUUGAGGCUCGCUGCCGGCGGCGGCCACGACGAAGUUUGGAACGUCUUGUCGGCUGUGCGGCCGCUUGCAGAAAUUUACGAAGACCUUGAUGUGCAAGAACAACAGAUCUACGAUGAUCUACGUGUGAAAGUGACAGGUCAAGGCUCUAAGGGUAUUGUUGAACUUGUUGAAAAGUUCGCCAGCCUGAAGGACGACAGGUGGAAAGAGGCCAAGCUCGAAGGUAUCCUCGGAUAUGCUCUCCGGCGACGCAAUAUUGCCCUCAUCGAACUCUUACUAUCAUACUCAUCAGACGAACAAAGACUUCGAAAAAGGAUUUUGGAGGAUGGAAUAGGUCCAGCUUACACUGAAGAGUUUCAAGUUUGUGGCUCGGGGAGUUGA